AGUCCGUGUCGGUGCACCUUCCUGGCACCAACAACUACCUGGAUGGAUAUCAGGUGGAGAAUUUCGAUGUUGCGAUGGAGCAUACGGACAGCCCAAAGCUGAAACAUGUCGUUUCAUGCCCUGUUGGCAUUACCAAUCCAACAGACAGCUCCUGUUCCACUUACGUGCUGGACUUCUAUCGGGCUGCGCCCGAUAUCGCCACCUUGGAAUCCAUGGCCAUGAGCUCUAAAAGUGUCAUCGUCGUGGAGCCAGCCUUCAAUUCUGGUACGUCGAGCUAUUCCACCACCGUGGAGAUUGAAAACCCCUUCUCCAUUUCCGCGCGAACUCUGCAGCCGAAGGGACGUGCAGGGAUCCAAGCACCUGAAGGGGCCGGUCUCACCGCCGAACUCAACGGCUGCGACAAAGCAGAGCAGUCGCAAGCGGUGUGGGAAUUUCCUGGAUUCAAGUCCACUGGUGUUUUCACCUUUGACAUUUGCGCCGUUGCGCCGGACAACAUCCACGAGACGUGGUAUUCCUUGAAGGUGAAUGUAACAAGACACUACAGCACCAGACUGAGAAGCCUUGCUAUUGUUGGCAAAGAAAUGGAGCCUGCUUUCGACCCUGAAGUUCAGCAGUACACAGUGCACAUCGAUGCCAAAGAAAAGGAGGUGGAUCUUCAAUUGAAGGCGGAAGAUGAUGAGGCUGCCAUCAAGGUCGAUGCAGACAAGACCACCCACGGCAGCGACAGCAUUGCCACCACCGUGAAGAUGCAUGACAAUGAACACCUUGAGGUUGGUGAACCACCACAGUGGUCAAGAUCUGUCAGUGUGCAAUUGGAGUCAGCCGAUGGCGAAAAGACCCUGACAUACUUGGUUCACAUCAAACAGAAGGUCAGCAACUACAGUUACUUGAUGAACUUGAGCAUGGACAAUACCAGCUGCCAAAUGAAUCCGCCCAAAUUUCAGCACAAUGUGACCAUGUACAGCUGCGUUUUCUGGUGGACUGAGACAGAAAGUCCCAGGGUCAUCGACGAAGAGAAGUGCCCCGAUUGCACGCUGUUGAUCCCGUCGGCACGAGAGUUUCCAAAGUCGCACUUGAGCCUGCAGUACCAGACACAGCUCAAGCGAGUGCAUCAGUCUGGAGAGGUGUGGUCACGGCCCUUCCUUUUUGGAGAGUCGCACGUGGUGCCCUUCCAGGUCUUGAGUGCAGAUAAGUUCACACAUACCACGUACCAUGUGCACCUGGAGCGGGAUGCGCCGUGGUGGAUGAAAACCGCCACGACACGAACGAUCUCUGCUUGGGCCACGACCCUGGCAACGUGCAUGGCCAUUUUCAGCGCCAGUAACUUCGUGGCGCUGACGCGUAUGGUGCGACGGACGGCGUCAUUGGAAAGACAUCGGUAG